AUGGCUACCGACGGAUCUCACUUCGACUUCGUGAUUGUCGGCGGCGGUACUGCGGGUAACACCGUGGCCGGUCGUCUGGCUGAAAACCCCAAUGUCACCGUAUUGAUCGUCGAGGCGGGUAUUGGGAACCCUGAGGAUAUCCCUGAGAUUAUUACCCCAUCCUCUGCCAUGGACCUUCGUAACAGUCAGUACGACUGGGCCUAUAAAACCACCAUGGUGAGGCGCGAUGACUACGAACGUAUCGAGAAGCCGAAUACACGUGGAAAGACCCUUGGUGGCAGCUCGUCCCUUAAUUACUUUACAUGGGUUCCAGGCCACAAAGCUACCUUUGAUCAAUGGGAGGAAUUUGGCGGGAAGGAGUGGACCUGGGAUCCCCUUGUACCUUACCUUCGCAAGAGUGCUACCUACCAUGAUGACCCCAAGCUCUACUCGCCUGAGCUUCAGAAGAUUGGUGGUGGCGGCCCUAUCCCCAUCUCUCACGCUGAGUUGAUCGAUGAAAUGGCACCCUUCCGUGACAACCUCACCAAGGCUUGGAAGUCCAUGGGCCAGCCAUUGAUUGAAAACAUCUAUGAUGGUGAGAUGGACGGUCUCACCCACUGCUGUGACACAAUCUACAGAGGCAAGCGGUCUGGCAGUUUCCUGUUUGUCAAGAACAAGCCCAACAUCACAAUCGUGCCCGAGGUCCAUUCCAAACGCCUUAUCAUCAAUGAGGCCGAUCGCACCUGCAAGGGUGUAACUGUCAUUACCGCCGCUGGUAACGAGCUGAACUUCUACGCGGACCGUGAAGUUAUCCUUUCCCAAGGUGUCUUCGAGACCCCCAAGCUACUUAUGCUGAGCGGUAUCGGUCCCACCCGUGAACUCUCCAGACACGGUAUCAAUACUAUCGUGGACUCCCGCCACGUCGGCCAGAACCUGAUGGACCACCCCGGUGUUCCCUUCGUCCUGCGCGUCAAGGACGGCUUCGGUAUGGACGACGUUCUCCUGCGCAACGGUCCUAAGAAGGAAGCCGUCGUUGCCGCUUAUAACAAGAACCGCUCCGGCCCUGUUGGCUCAGGUCUCCUCGAGCUGGUGGGAUUCCCCCGUAUCGACAAGUACCUCGAGAAAGACGCCGAAUACCGCAAGGCGAAAGCUGCGAACGGAGGCAAGGACCCAUUCUCACCCUUGGGCCAACCGCACUUCGAGCUCGACUUUGUGUGCAUGUUCGGUACCGCCUUCCAAUGGCACUUCCCGACCCCCAAGACAGGCGAUCACAUUACCGUGGUCGUUGACCUGGUCCGUCCGGUCUCCGACCCUGGUGAGGUGACGCUCAACAGCGCCGACCCCUUCCAGCAGCCGAACAUCAACCUGAACUUCUUCGCCAGCGACCUUGACAUCAUCGCCAUGCGCGAGGGUAUCAGAUUCAGCUACGACCUGCUGCUCAAGGGCGAGGGCUUCAAGGACCUCGUGGAGAGCGAGUACCCAUGGGAGAUGCCCCUCGACUCCGACAAGGAGAUGCACAGAGCCGUGCUCGACCGCUGCCAGACUGCCUUCCACCCAACUGGUACUGCCCGUCUUUCGAAGAAUAUCGACCAAGGUGUGGUGGACCCCAAGCUCAAGGUCCACGGCAUCAAGAAGCUGCGUGUCGCUGACGCUUCGGUUAUCCCGAUUAUUCCUGACUGCCGUAUUCAGAACUCUGUCUACGCUGUGGGUGAGAAGUGUGCCGAUAUGAUCAAGGCUGACCACAAGGAUCUCUACUAA